AUGCCGCAGCGUAACGGUGGUCACCUAUCCAGCCACACCACGAGCGAACCGAGCGCGACUUCGGCCCGGCCGGUCGGUGGCGAGCGUCCUGCUGACCGACCUGCGACCCUGGGACGCAUGGAGCAGGAUCAGGUGGCUCCGGUUGAGGUGAACGGUGGCGGGGAGCAGCACGAGCAGCACGAGGACGGAGGGAUCGAUCUCGGUGGUGGUGGAGCCGGAUCCGACGGACCGCCGAGUAUCCUCGGGGUCGGUCCGCCGAGCCCGCUAACCGGGUGUUAUCUGUUGAUCAUCAUCGGCGAGCCACACUCGCAGGACCAUAAGGAUAUUAUCCUCCAACGGCUCAUCAAAGGCUUUCUGUCAUGGAACGUCGGCGAUUUCCAUGUCGACCUGGAGGAGGAGCUGCAUACCAUCACGUUGCAGGCGCUGGAAGGCGACGAAGGAAAGCACGGUGAACGGCUGAUUCAGUACGCCAGCGAGAACCUGGUUACUGAGAUCCUGAUUCACCCGCAAGUCAACACCUUCAUCCAGUGCAUCCGGAAUCUGCUCAGUAGCUUCACGCGACACCGACACAUCAUCCACACGGGGUACACCUUCUCCGGAAAUGGAUCCUGGAUACUGCAGGAUGGAACCUUCUCGGUGGUUGACUUCAUGGAGGCGUUCCAGGAGCACGAGGUCCAGCGGGUGCUCCGCGCGUACCCCGAUACGAUCACGAUGGACAUCCACUGUGCCCCCGGCGGCCAGUGGCACACGAUUCAGGACAAGUCCUUCUCGCGGCUGUGCGAGAUUCGCCUCAAUCCGGUCGAUGUCCUGAGCUCGGGCAGCGAAAAGCUGAACUCCUUCGUCGCUUAUCUGUCGUCCAUGAUCGUUCCGACGGAGAUUUCGGAGCUGCUGGAAAGCUCGGACGUCGUCGGCAACAUUCGCUUCAGUCACCCGACGCUCUACGUCUUCCCCGGAGGUCAGGGAGACGCCGCCCUGUUCGGAAUCAAUGGCUUUAAUAUGUUGGUUGACGGAGGGUUCAGCCGCAAGUCCUGCUUCUGGGACUUUGUGCGCCACCUGGACCGGCUGGAUGCGGUGCUGAUGACGCGCAUCAACAACACGAACGUGAACGGCGUCUCGUCCGUGGUCGAGCGCAAAAGCGAGGCGCACGUGUACCCGCAGAUUGGCCACUUCUUCUGCAACGUGCCCGAGCGCAAGGGUCUGCCGAGCCCGGACGGGGACAAGGACCGCGACCCGCUGCUGGUGGACCUGCUCGAGGAGGGCCACCAGAUCGUGACGAACCUGAAGUCGUUGAACCUGAAGGCACAAAGCUGCUACCGCGACUCGGAGCCGGUCAACCUGUACCACAAGGUCGGCCACGGCACGCUCGACAUGUACGUGAUCAGCCCGGCGCGGGACUCGCGCGAAGUGAAGGACUUCCUGGCCAAGUGGAACGCCGCCGACCAGCGGCUGUUCGCGGCGAAGGAGGGCAAGGACUUUGCCUUCCCGCUGCAGAACCUCGUGUCGAUCUGCGCCCUGCUCGUGUGGACGCCGGCCAACCCGGACGACAACAUCACGCGCAUCCUGUUCCCGGGGUCGGCGCCCGAGUACAAGAUCCUCGAGGGGCUGGAGAAGAUGAAGGACGUGGAGUUUAUGCGCCAGCCGGUGUGCCCGGUCAAGUCGAUCAGUGCCAGCCUCUCGACGCAGGUGCUCGUGACGAAGAAGAGCCUCAAGGCGGCCUCGGCGGCCGACAAGAUCCUGCCCGUGGCCCGCCAGCUCGAGAAGGACAACAAGCUGUUCGACAACAAGCUGAAGAUGAUGCAGACGGACAACAAGCUGGCGGACGCGGUGAAGGCGUCCGCGGCCGACACGAUGGACAGCUCGGCGGACGAGGGCAAGAUGGAGAGCCGGAAAACCGCGACAACGGUGGCAUCGGCCAGGGUGGACAGCAAACCGCGCCCCAUUCGCGGAAGGGCUGCCGCCGCCGCCUCGGAGAAGAAGCUCGACAACCGGAAGCUCGAGCAGCAGGACGAGAAGAAGGACUCGAUCUCGGACGUGGGCUCCGACAAGGAGGAGCCGGUGGCGCCGGUGGACAAGAAGCCCUCGCUGGACAGCGAGAAGAGCCUCGACGAGGCCCUGGUGGAUGGUGCGGAAAAGGCGAAGGCCGAGGGCGCCGAGUCACCGAAGCCGGAAGAGGUGAAGGAGAAGAAAAAGGAAGACUCUCCGACCGCCGGCCCUGGCGGUGAGGGCGCCGGUCCCCCGAGGAGCACCAAGAAGCCUCCCAGCUCGCGCACCACGUCGUCCGCUCGGUCCAGCAAGGUGGACAGCAAAACGCCAAAGGUUGCGGAGCGAAAGCCGGUCGCGAAGAAGCAGGCUCCGGAGGCGAACAAAUCUUCACCGACCACACCCAAGAAGACGCCCGUCGACCAGAAGCUCCUGAACGGAAGCGCCACGAAGGCGGAACAGGGCGAACCGGAUGUGCGGCGGGUCACGAAGGCAGCGGCACCGUCGAAGACGCCCUCGGGCAAAGUGGGCAAGUUCAGCCCGAAGCCGACGCCGGCUAAGAGUGCCAAGGACGAAAACAACCGAAAGGUGCUCGAGGCACGCCAGCGGCCCUCCGGGGUUACCAAGCCCGCGGCUGCACGGCGGGCGGAGGCGGACAAGAAGGAACCUGCUGCGGCGGCGAGGACCCAGGCCGAGCGGAAACCAAUCUCCCGCCGACCGAAGGGGGCGGUCUCUUCGACGGCAGCGUCGGCAGCUUCCGGCGCCGGUAGUAGCCCGGUGAAGGGGAAGAAGGUGCUGAAGUCGGAGAAGGACGCCGUCAUCCGGAAGGCAAAACUGGACAAGAACGGAACGACCGACUCGAGCCUCGUAUCAACGCCGAGUGCCGACGAAGGAGGGGUGGCGGCCGUCACGAAGCGUGUCCUCGAGGCGGCCGGUGGUGACGCCGACGGGGUGGUCGCCGGAGGUGACCUGGAGGCGCUCAAGCAGCAACAGUUGGCCGAGCUGAAGGAGGAACAGGAGGCGGUUCGCGAAAUCGAGGCCGUCUUCAACCGAGAGUCCGCCCAGAAGGCCCAAACGCUGCUGGCCGAGCACCGCGAGGUGCAGGACAGCGCGACGGAACCGGAGGAGGAGGAGGAGUAUCUGAUCAUCGAAAAGGAGGAACAGUACACGGAGGACUCGAUCAACGAGCCGGAGAGCAGCGCCACGAAGGAGGAAGAGAUCCAGAAGCACCAGCGCGACUCGCAGGAAUCGGAAAAGCGGAAGCGUGACAGUCUGGCGGAGGAGAAAGAGGAUGACGACGAGGAGCGGGAAGCCGGGGAGAAGGAAGCGGAGGAAGCGGCGGAUGUGCUGGUGAGUGGCAAAACGGCCGCCGUGGUGCAGAUCUGCGAGGGUGCCGACACGCAGCAGCAGCAAGAGGACGAUGGAAAGGCGGCCCCGGAGGACCAACCGGAGGGCGAGGAUGGCCCCGCGGUGGUGGCUGAUAAGGACUCCCAAGAGCGCGGGGAGAGCCUGUCGCCGAAGCACAAGCAGGACCUGGAGGAAGAGGUGCAGGAGAUCAUCGCCUCGGCCAAGGAGAUUGCCAAGUCCAAGAUGGAGACCUCGAUGGACGGGCUGAAGACGGAGGAGAUCUCGUCGAUCAGUCCGGACGAGAAGAUGAGCAGCACGAAGAAGACGAGCGACACGCGGGACGAGAACGAGCUGGAGCUGGAGCUGCAGGCCGGGCCGAAGGAGCACAUCGAGCCACCGCACGAGAGCCACCACGAGGAGCGAGUGUCGGCCACGGUCGAGUCCGGGGCGACCACGACGGCCCCGACGCUCCCGGAGGACGAACGCAUCCCGCUGGACGAGAUCAAGGAGGAUCUGGUGAUCGAGGAGAAGCACGUCAAGGAGGAAACCAAGGAGACGGAAGUGGUGGCGGCCACGGCAACGGGACCCACCACGGCAGCAGACUCGCCGGCAGCAGCGGCGGCGCCCUCUGUCGGUGAAAAAGCGGGACGGGACGCGACGGCCGGUGGCGGCUCACCGCCGGCGCUGGUCUACGAGCCGCUGGAGCGACCGACACCGGCCAAGAUGCAGUUCUCGGCCCAACAGGCACACAUGCGCGACGUGGUCAAGACACCGGACGAGGUCGCCGACCUGCCCGUCCACGAGGAAGCGGACCUGGAGGAAGCGGACUACGGGGGCGACGAGAAGGACAAGGACAAGGCCAAGGAGAAGGACGACGAGAAGGACCGUGACACGGCGGAGAAGGAGCCGGCGGAGGAGCCCAUCGUUGUUGCCGCGGCGACAUCGGCGACGGCGACGAUGGCGGCACCGGCCGCGGCGAAAGAGACUGAUGCAACGCAACACGAGAAGACUGAUGAGCAGCAGAGGGGAGCGGAGAAGUCGGCGGAAAGUGAUAAACCAUGUGAUACAGUGCAGGCCACCGAUGGGAAGCCAGCGUCGCCGUCGCCAUCGCCUUCUGCGGCUGGGGACAAGGACGUCAAGGAUGCGGACGACAUCUUGAAAGACUUGGAGUCCCAGAUCAUCGCUCCGGAUGCCGUGCAGGAGAGGGCGGAGAAGUCCGAGCCGGUUCAGCCGCUCAAGGCACAGGUCGAGGAGGAAGGGUCCGAGCGUGACCCGGUGCCGGUGGAGGAAGAGCUGAUCGUGGCGCAAAAGGUUGUACCGAAGGUGCCGUCGCCGCCACAGACCGUCACGUCCGUGUUGGAUGAGAUCUGGCAGACGCCCCAGAAGGCGGAAGAGAAGCUGGACGAACUGAAGCAGCUGAUCGACGAUAAGGCCAAGGCCACGGCAUCCGAGCUGGUGGCUCUGAAGGACACCAUGGUGAAGAGCGUCGCGGAGAGCAAGGACGAGGUCGUCGAGAAAGUGACGGAGGAGGCGAAGGAAGCGCUGGCGGACAUCGGUCAGGAGGUGGAAGCGAUGACCGUGCAAGCCGCUGGGGAAGUAGUGAAGGCCGCCACCGAUAAGGCCGACACGCUGAUUGGGGAGUUGCAGUCCAAGGCCGAGCAGGUGGACGACGAGCUGAAGGCGACCGCCCAGAAGAUGGACGAGAAGCUGGAGACGGCCGUGGCUGGCGUUUCGCAGGUGGCAGCCAAGGCCGACGAGGCACUGGCCACGAUCGUGGCCGAAACGAGCGAGCUGGAACGGAUGGCCAGAGAUCUGAAGCAGGAAGUGGUGGCGCAGCUGGACGAUACGAAGCAACAGCUGGAAGCCGACCUGGCAAAGGAAGUGGACAAAGUCCAGGAGAAGGCCAAGUCGGGCAUAAGUUCCUUCUUCGGGGGCAUCACCGAUGGUAUCCGAAGUGGCAUCGAGAAGGUGGCGGACAAGAUGGAGACCAAGCUGAAGGACAAAACGGACCAGGUGGAGGCCAAGCUGCAGCAAGUGACGGAGAAGGUUGAGCAGGUGGCCGCCGCCGUGGCGUCCGAGCAGCCAAGCUACCAAGCUUUCGGAUACGAGCGGAGCUACACGCAGGAGCUGCGCGAAACCCACAUCACGACCGUCGACUCGCCGAUCGCGGAGGGCGACAAGCUGGCGGAGCUGAAGUCGUUGGUCAGCAUCCCGCAGGACAUCGACGAGGACAAGGAGCUGGAGGAGCUGGAGAACAAGAAGAUGGGAACGUUCGUGAUCGAGGACGUCAAGUAUAGUGCGUACGAGGAUGCGAACUUGCGCGAGAUCAAGGAGGAAGAGGAAGAGGAUCGCGUGUCGCCGCCGCAGGGCUCGGAGAAGCUGGGCACGGUCACUUCGAUGCCGGCCCGCGCCCGCACUCCGGAGGACGUGGCGAAGAUUGUGGCGAACGUGGCCGAGGUGCUCAAGUCGGACAAAGACCUGGAGGAGAUCAUUCCCGGGUUCGACCCGCAGGAGCUGGAGCGGAAGCUGUCCCAGGGUGGACCCCGCGAGGAGGACGUCGGCACCGUCCAGCGGAUGCUGGUGACGGCCAGCAGUGAGGAUGGUGGCGAAGAGACGGUCAUCUGUGCCGACGGGACCAUUACGUUCUCCAAGUCGGCAACUCCGGAGCCGGAGCGAGUUUCGGGAACGACCACUCCCGAGAUCAAGGUCCAGGAAGAGGAGGACGGCGAGGAACCUCUCACGGCGGCUACGAAAGCGACCAGCGAAGUGUCGGUCAAGUCGGCCGAAGACAAGGCCAGUCCUCCGUCGUCUGGAAAGUCGUCUCCGGACUUGAAAACAUCCCCGACUUCGAUCGAAGAGAAGGACAAACAUGAGCUCCCGGAGAAGGUGGUUCCCUCGUCGGUGGACGGCGUGAAAAAGACGCCCGAGAUUGCGACGGCCGCUGCCAGUGGUGACGUGCGCAAGGAAUCGCUGGCGGAUCAGUACGACCACAUUGACGACACCAGGCGUGAGUCGGCCAUCAGCACGUUCAGUGAGCGGGAUUAUACCAAGGACGAGAGCUCCAUCGUCGACGAGUGCCGGGACUCUUCGCGAGCUCAUUCCAUCUCCAGUCACAUCAGUGACCUGAAGGAGGACUCGGCGGAUCUAAAGUCGGUGAACGACUUUUUGAAGGAAUCGGAAGAAACGCUCACCACCGAAGUGUUUGCCGACGAAGGAAAGUCGAAGGAACUGUCCAGCCCGGAGUCGGUCACUAGCCAGAGGACGGUUUCCGAGAAAGAGACUCAGGGUAAGCCGAAACCGUCCGACGAUAAGGAAGUUGUGAAACAGUCCGACUCUAAGGACUCGUCUAAGCCACAAUCCAAAGAACCAUCUCGGCCGGAGUCGGUCGCCAGUACUCGGGACGAUAAGCUCGAUCAAAAGGACGCCGCAGUGCCGGAGAAGAAGGAAGCAGACGUCAAAACGGAAGACAAAGAAGGCUCAAGACCAGCAUCCGCCAUCGAUGGCAAGCCGGGAUCGGAAAAGUCCGACGCUUCUCGUCCUCAGUCGGUUAUGAGUGAUAAGGCUCCAUCCGAUAAGUCAGCCGAUCUCAAGGGAGUACCGGAAACGGAAGAAGCCAAAUCGACAGCUCCAGCUAAGGACGUUUCUGGGGAGGUGCGCGAAAUGAAGGUCGAACAACAGGAAAGCUCACGGCCAGCAUCCGCAGGCAGUGAGAAGGACUCCUCACGUCCACCGUCAGCGACGGACGCUAAGGCCCCGUCAGAGAAGUCAGUUGAUUUGAAGGUUGAAUCCCGGGAAGCAUCGCGGCCCACGUCGGCGGCGAGUGAGAAGGACACAUCCCGGCCACAGUCAGCGAUCGAUGCCAAGACUCCCUCAGAAAAGUCUGUCGAUUUGAAGGCUGAGUCGAAGGAAGCUUCACGGCCAGCAUCCGCUGCCGACGACAAGGAUUCUUCCCGUCCUCAGUCUGUGAUCGAUGAGAAAGCUCCGUCAGAGAAGUCAGUUGAUUUGAAGGCUGAGUCGAAGGAAGCUUCACGGCCAGCAUCCGCUGCCGACACCAAGGAAUCUUCUCGUCCUCAAUCUGCGAUCGAUGAGAAAGCUCCGUCAGAGAAGUCCGUUGAUCUUAAAGCUGAGUCCAAGGAAUCUUCCCGUCCUCAGUCUGUGAUCGAUGAGAAAGCUCCGUCAGAGAAGUCAGUUGAUUUGAAGGCUGAGUCGAAGGAAGCUUCACGGCCAGCAUCCGCUGCCGACACCAAGGAAUCUUCUCGUCCUCAAUCAGCGAUCGAUGAGAAAGCUCCAUCAGAGAAGUCCGUUGAUCUUAAAGCUGAGCCUAAGGAAACCUCUCGUCCGCAGUCCGCGAUCGACGAGAAAGCUCCAUCGGAGAAGUCAGUUGAUCUGAAGAUUGAGGCUAAAGAAGAAUCGAGGCCAGCUUCUGCCGCAAGCGAGAAGGACACAUCCCGGCCACAAUCAGCGAUCGAUGCCAAGUCUCCAUCAGAAAAGUCUGUCGAUUUGAAGGCUGAGUCGAAGGAAGGUUCACGGCCAGCAUCCGCUGCCGACGACAAGGAAUCUUCCCGUCCUCAGUCUGCGAUCGAUGAGAAAGCUCCGUCAGAGAAGUCAGAAUCUUCUCGUCCUCAAUCUGCGAUCGAUGAGAAAGCUCCGUCAGAGAAGUCCGUUGAUCUUAAAGCUGAGUCCAAGGAAACCUCCCGUCCACAGUCUGCGAUUGACGAGAAAGCUCCAUCGGAGAAGUCAGUUGAUCUGAAGAUUGAGGCUAAAGAAGAAUCGAGGCCAGCUUCUGCCGCAAGCGAGAAGGACACAUCCCGACCACAGUCAGCGAUCGAUGCCAAGACUCCUUCAGAAAAAUCUAUCGAUUUGAAGGCUGAGUCGAAGGAAGGUUCACGGCCAGCAUCCGCUGCCGAUGACAAGGAAUCUUCCCGUCCUCAGUCUGCGAUCGAUGAGAAAGCUCCGUCAGAGAAGUCAGUUGAUUUAAAGGUUGAGCCCAAAGAAGAAUCGAGGCCAGCUUCCGCCGCCAGCGAGAAAGACGCAUCGCGGCCACAGUCAGCGAUCGAUGCCAAGUCUCCAUCAGAAAAGUCUGUCGAUUUGAAGGCUGAGACUAAAGAAGAAUCGAGGCCAGCUUCUGUCGCGAGCGAGAAGGACGCAUCCCGGCCACAAUCAGCGAUCGACGAGAAAGCGCCGUCUGAGAAGUCAGUUGACCUUAAAGCUGAGUCGAAGGAAACCUCCCGUCCGGAGUCGGCGAUCGACGAGAAAGCAUCCCCCGAAAAAGAUGCCUCAAGACCACUGUCAGCAGCAAGCGGCAAAGAUACAGAGCUUCCCGCAACGGACAGAGACGCAGGCAUCGAUGCCAAGCCAGAAUCUAGGCCGACUUCAGCAGCAAGCGGUGUGGCCGAUAAGGCCGCAUCGGAAAAGUCAGUCGACCUACAAGCCGGUUCGAAGGAAGCCUCUAGACCGGCAUCCGCUGCCAGUGCAGUUUCAGAAAAGCCGGAAGUUCCGAAGGCUGACAUGAAAGAGCCAUCGGAAAAGUCGACCGAAAAGGAUAGCUCACGGCCAGCUUCGGCCGCCAGUGGUAAGGAAUCUUUGCCACAAGAGCACGCUGUGGAUGGCAAAGACACAUCUAGCCCAGCUUCUGCUGCCGCGAGUGAGAAGGACGCAUCACGACCGUUGUCUGCUUUAAGCGAUAAAGCGCUUUCCGAGAAAUCGAUCGAAGAUACGAAGGCCGAACUCUCGAGGUCACCGUCCGCGGUAAGUGAGAAGGCCCCUUCGGAAAAGUCUGAUCAAAAGGAGGGCACGCGACCAACAUCGGCGAUGAGUGAGAAGGAUGCGGUCAGUCCUGCCAGCUCCGAGAAGGGCCACACGGACCUGAAGGUUGAACCAAAAGAAGAGUCUCGUCCAACAUCAGCAGCCAGUGCCAAGGAUACUUCUCCAUCGGAAAAGGUAUCUGCAGAAAAAGAGGAGUCCAGACCAACAUCAGCGGCCAGUGUUAAGGAAUCUUCUGGGCCAGAAUCAGCGGCCGACGGCAAGGCUGCUUCGGAGGCGUCCGGUGAUCUUAAAGGUGACUCGAAGGACGACUCUAGGCCGGUUUCGGCUGCAAGUGGUAAGGACAUUGCAACACUUGACGACAAAGACGGCAAAGAUACAUCACGUCCAACGUCCGCCGUGGACGAUAAGGCACCGUCGGAGAAGUCAACAUCGCGUGCCAGCGAGAAGGACGAAUCGCGACCAGCGUCGGCUCCAGGGGACAAAGCGCCUUCCGAAAAAUCGCUUGAUCUUAAGGCGGAACAGAAGCCGGACUCUAGGCCAGCAUCUGCCGCGAGCGGAAAGGAUGCGGCUUCACGCCCCGCUUCCGCCAUCGACGAUAAGGUCCCGACCACGGCAGAACAGAAAGAGGAAGACUCUUCCAGACCCCGAUCGGCCGCUAGCGAGAAAGAACAAUCCCGUCCCGAGUCUGCCACCGGAGACAAGCCAGCUCAACAGGAGUCCAAAGCGGCAACGAGUGCUGAGCCAUCACGCCCCGUGUCGGCAGCUAGUGAAACGGGAAUGGAAUCAGCUCAAGUGAAACCCGACAAAGCCGACGAUAAGACAUCAGAACCACCGGCGGUUGUGUCUCGUCCUGAAUCUGCAACCAGUGAUAAGGCGCACACAGAAAAGGCAUCCGAAACGUUGGCGGCCCCGCAAGAUGCGUCACGUCCGUUAUCGGCCGCAAGCGACAAAUCACUGGACGAUAAGGCGAAGCCAGAAUCCGUGGCCGGUUCCGAUAAAGGCUCACGUCCAUUGUCGGCCGCCAGCGAAAAAGCGGCAGACUCCAAGGAAACUUCACCAAAAACCGAGCAGAAGGAGCCAUCGCGACCGGAAUCAGCUGCCGGUGAGAAGCCUGACCAAUCCCGUCCGGAGUCCGUGGCAAGUCACCGGUCCGAUGAGAAACACUCGCCUGAGGUAGCUGAUCCGUCGUCUAAAUCGAAGGAACCAUCACGCCCAGAGUCAGCGGUCAGUGAGAAGGGAUCGGUACAAAGCGACACAAAGGUCGAAUCGCAGGCUGCUUCGAAGGAACCGUCCCGGCCAGAGUCGGCAGCAAGUGACAAGCCGUCGGGCGAAGCCAAAGAGUCUCCCAAGGGAACCGAUGAGUCAAAGGCACCGUUGACAGACUCUAGGCCCGUUUUGGCCGCCAGUGUCGAAGGUACCGUGGCGGUGGCUAGUGGCAAAGAGUCCAAGGAACCGUCACGGCCGGCUUCCGCUAUCGAUGGAAAGGAGGCAUCUUCACAUCCAGCUUCGGCGCCGGGUAGCCAUGACCCUUCCCGUCCAGCUUCGGCCAUCGACGAGAAUGCAAAGAGUGAAUCCUCACGUCCGGUGUCGGCUUCGAGUGGAAAGUUCCCGGAAGAUGCCACGCCAGUAGGAACGGAAAAGACCUCAGGUUCCCGUUCUCCAUCGGCCGCUAGCCAUACCGGCGAUAAGGUUGAAGUGGAUCGUCCCGCGUCCGGUGCGAGUGAGAAAGACAAAUCACCAACCUCACGACCCGAGUCGGCCGCGAGUCACUCGUCAGAGAAGGUGACUUCCAAGGCCGUCACUUCUACGGAGCUGGGAAGUGCUUCGAAGGAACCGUCGCGGCCAGCCUCGGUUGCGUCGGACAAAUCGGUGGCCAGUGAGAGCCACAAGGAGCAGGAAAUGUCGGUGUCGUCGUUUUUGAAGUUCGAAGAGUCCCUGUCACGCCGCGAGUCAUCGUCGACCACGAAGGAGGAUCGACCCGCGUCGGCCAUGAGCGACGGCGAGGAAGACGGCCACGCCGAGCACGCUGCGGAAAAGAUCUGCAUGAAGGAGUCCCGCUCCAAGUCGCUGUCGGCCGUGCUGUCCAACACGGUUCAGCGCGCGGGUUUCGACGGUGGCGCACUGGGAGUGCUGGAGGAGUCGGCCGUAACGUCGCGCGAUGACUUGGACAUGCUGCGGAGCCCGCGGGACAGUGUGACCAAGAUUGAACCCUUCAAGGCACCGGAGGCACCGAUGGUUCUGACGAAAACCUUCAAGCCACUGUUCGAAGCGAGCCAGUUCCCGGCCGGAGACGGUAAGGACCAACCGGCCAGCAUGUUCCCCAGCUCCGGGCUGGACAGUGCCGGUAGUCCCGAUCAUGGACCAUCGAUAGUGCCCGGUAUGGAUCAGAUGCUGAAGGAAACGGUCAGCUCGAUGAAGGAGAUUGAAAAGAUGACCUCAACCGUCAUCUCGUCGACCGUGGCCAAGAAGGAGGAGUCGUCCUCGGAGAGCACCAAAACGGUCGCCUCCGGACUAGCGUUCCCCGUGUCCGGGGCCGCAGAUGCGAGUGGUAAGUCAUCUCCGUAUCUGGGCGAAAAGUCCCAAGAAUCGAGCGCCAAAUCCGUGAGUCCGCAGCCCGACAAGGACUCGCUGGAAGAGAGUUCCGCGUCGUUCAACACGUUCAUCGAGAAGGACAGCCUGUCGGAGAGCGCCACCAAGCAGCAGCAGCAGGUGUCGAUCCGCACGAGUUCCGAGACAGGCUCGGGCCAGAAAGGGGACGAGUUUUUGCUGUUCGCCGGCAGCAAGACACCGCCGACGGCGCCCAUCAGUCCGAACGUCGGAGCGAAGGAUGGCGGCAUCGCCGGUGCCGCAGAGAGCUCCGCGACGACGGCGACCGUGGUGACGACGGUCACUGGUUCCGUCGGGGGUUGCGUCGCUCCGCCGUCGGAGGCCGGCGGAAAGGCGAAAGACGAUGUUUCUGGUAUCUCAACACCUAAAGAGUCUGUGCCAUCUGGCAAGUCGAGCCCGGGGCUGAUGUCCGUGCACACGGGUAGUACAGACAGUGCGUCCAAAUCGCUCAACUUGGGCCACAGUUCAGGUGUUGAGACAUCAGAAUCAUCCCCGAAGCCCACGUCGCCCUUCCCGAAGGUAGUGGACGCUCUGAAGGUGGACGAAACGCGCACCACCUCCGGCAUGAGCACCCCGGACAUGACGCGCUCCUCGACGCCCGACAUGGGCGACUCGCAGAUCGAACGCAUAGCGCCGAGUGCCGCGGCCGCCGGCGAGAAGAGUGACUCCCUGACCACGGUCACCACAACGACCACCACGAAGACGACGACCUACGUCAUCAAGGACGGCGAGAAGGUCGAGGUAGACUCCAGUGUCCACAGUGACACGGUCAGCGAAACCAAGCAAACGGAGCCAUCGGCCAAAGGUCCGUCCGUCGCGGCACCGGGACAGCUGACUCUCGCCAGCACGGAAGAGCGCAGCCUGACGGAGGACUACGACGAGAAGGACGUGCUGUCGCCCCGUUCGGAUAUCUCGUCCGGUCAGGCAUCGCGGAUUGUGGCCGGUUGGCACGACGAGGACGUCCCCGGGUCGCCGAUGAGCGUCACGUCGCAGGCACCGCUUUCGCCGAGCACCAAGUACACGUACGACUACGAUUUGCAGCACUCGAGCUCGGGCGUGAGCAAGAAGUCGGAGUUCGAGAUCGACGACAGCCAGGACGAUGUUCCGCCCCAGUACGGCAGUGAGGAGGUCAAGUCGGCCGUCUCGCUGCAAACUUCCGGUACCUACAAGCCCGACCCGAUGAGCACUUCCUUUUACGGCCAGCUGCCCGACGUAACGAGCGCCGCGGCCACGGCCACCACUCGCUCGAUCCCCAUUCCGAUUGCGGCCGGUAAAGGGAAGACGUACGUGGAGUACGCUUCCAGCGGGGACAGCGGCGAGCAACCUGGACGCAAGUACCUGGACGAGGCCGAUCUGGACUUUGAGAAAACGUUCCGCAAGACGGACGAUCUCAUGACCACGUCGAUGCACUUCGCGAGCGAGAAGGAAUUCAUGGCGGCCACCACCAAGGCCGCUCCGGCUCCGGCACCGGCAGAAAAGAUGGAGAUGGACUUUACAUCCACGGGAUUGCCGUCGUCCGUCACGACCACGGUGACAGCUCAGCAGAGUGUCACCGUGACCCCGCAACCGCAACCGCAACCGCAACCCCAGCCAGCCCCAGCGCAAACACAAUCGCCAGCAAUGACGCAAUCACAACCGCUAACGCAAUCAGUGCAACCGCCCCCGGCCACCACCACGCAGCCGCCGUCGGAUGUGAAGGGCGUCCUGGACUCGUGGGGCAAGCCACUCGGUCUGCCGUCACCCGCCCCGUUGGCGGGCGAGGGGGACAACAAGACGACGCCGAAGAAGGAGCGCCGCAUGCUGAUGAGCAAAACCCGGCUCAACAACGAGAAGAACCUGCGCCGACGGGCCGAGUCGCCGAGCAAGGCCAAGAAGCACAGCCCCGUGUACGUCGAUCUGUCGUACGUGCCGCACCACGGCAACUCGUACUACGCCAACGUCGAGUUCUUCAAGCGGGUGCGGGCCCGGUACUACGUCUUCUCCGGCACGGAACCGAGCCGGGAAGUGUACAACGCCCUGCUGGAGGCCAAACAAACCUGGGAAGAUAAAGAACUAGAGGUAACUAUCAUCCCCACGUACGACACGGACGUGCUCGGGUACUGGGUGUCGGAGAACGAGGAGCUGCUGGCCAAGUACCACAUCGAUCUGUCCCCUUCGGCCGCACGGUGUACAAUCAACCUGCAGGACCACGAAACGUCCUGCUCGGCGUACCGGCUCGAGUUCUAG